AUGCGCGUCACCUCCCUUCCACUAGCGGCGCUAGGUCUGGCCGGAUCAGUCGUUACUCAUCCCUUUGGCGAGACCGAGGCUGUCUUGGGCCGCCAGUCGCAAACACAACAGAAGGCCGAUGCCGUGAAGGAGGCCUUCCAGCAUGCAUGGAAUGGAUACAUGAAAUAUGCAUUCCCUCAUGACGAGCUGCAUCCAGUGAGCAAUGGAUAUGGCGACUCCAGAAACGGAUGGGGUGCUUCCGCGGUGGAUGCGCUUUCGACCGCUAUUGUAAUGGGCAACGCGGAUGCGGUCAACACCAUUUUGGACCAUAUCUCGAAAAUCGACUACAGCCAGACCUCGGAACAGGUCAGCUUGUUCGAGACGACAAUUCGGUACCUGGCCGGCAUGUUGUCGGGCUAUGAUUUGCUCACGGGCCCGGCGUCGGAUCUCGCCAGCAAGAAGGACAAUGUGGACAACCUUCUCACCCAGUCCAAGAACCUGGCAGAUGUGCUCAAGUUUGCCUUCGACACCGAAUCCGGUGUCCCGUACAACAACUUGAACAUCACGUCGAAGGGAAAUGACGGUUCUACAACCAACGGUUUGGCCGUGACGGGAACUCUGGCCCUCGAGUGGACGCGCCUCUCGGACUUGUUGGGUGACGACUCGUACGGCAAGCUCAGCCAGAAAGCUGAGUCGUAUCUGUUGAACCCCCAACCGUCGAGCGGGGAGCCCUUCCCCGGUCUCGUGGGCAGCAACAUCUACAUCAGUAACGGCGAAUUUGGCGAUGGCGCCGUCUCGUGGAACGGCGGUGAUGACUCGUUUUACGAGUACCUGAUCAAGAUGUACGUGUACGACCCCAAGCGGUUCGAGACGUACAAGGACCGAUGGGUCCUGGCGGCCGAGUCAACCAUCAAACACCUCCAGUCGCAUCCGGAGCCUCGUCCCGAGCUGACGUUCUUGUCUUCAUACGACAACGGCAACUAUGAUCUCAGCUCCCAGCACCUGACCUGCUUCGACGGCGGCAGCUUUUUGCUCGGUGGUUCCGUGCUGGAUCGCCAGGAUUUCAUCGACUUCGGUCUCAAGCUUGUCAACGGCUGCGAGGCUACCUACAACCAGACUCUGACUGGAAUUGGCCCUGAAUCCUGGGGCUGGGACCCCAAGCAGGUGCCGGAUAGCCAGAAAGACUUUUAUGAGCGUGCUGGAUUCUACAUUGAGAGCGGCUACUACGUCCUGCGGCCCGAGGUGGUCGAGAGCUUCUACUAUGCGUACCGGAUCACCGGCAGCGAGGUGUACCGUGACUGGGUCUGGAACGCCUUCGUGGCCAUCAACGCUACCACCCGUACCGACUCAGGCUUCGCAACCGUGACAAAUGUCAAUGCAAAGGGUGGUGGCUCCAAAGUCGACAACCAGGAGAGCUUCCUCUUCGCCGAGGUCAUGAAGUACUGCUACCUCACUCAUGCGGAAGAUGCCCCAUGGCAGGUCCAGAGAGGCGACAAGAAUACUUUUGUGUUUAACACUGAGGCCCACCCCAUGCGCGUAAAGCACACCUAG